AUGAUUGCGAUAUCUGAACACUUGCGAAACCAUGGCUUCGAUCCCGACAUUUACCAGCAUACCAGAAUCCCCAACAUUUGGGACAAGUUACGGACUUACUACAAUCUCGACCUCAUCGACGAGCGAGAAUACUUUGACGAUGACGAGUCUGAAGAUAAAUACGUCGACUUUACACUGCCUCACUCCCAUUUCCUUGACUCCAUGAUGCAGAGAGCAGUAGCCGACUCUAGUGAAGCCCCUACCUCUCCGCCACAACUGGAACUCUCACCCGGUCUGUCGCAUGCAAGAAGACGAACGAGAUCAGGAACCGCGUCAAAGACCAGGGCCACCGACGCUGAAGAUACCGAGGACGGUGCGGAUGCUCCAUCGCCAGCUGCCAGGCUAGCUAGGGGACCAAGGGGGCGCACGAGGGCGGCAAGCCAGCAGGCUAAGCCGGAGAAGAACGAUAGGAGUGACAAGGACAAGGCCGAGAAGGAUAAGGCAGAGACAACGGAGGAGGAGGAAGACGCUGAAAAUCAGGAGGAUGGGAGUGGGUCCGGGGAGGAUGAGGAUGAGGGAGAAGGUGAGGGCGAGGGCGAAGAGGAGGAAGAGGAAGAAGCGGACGAGAGCGCUGAAGAAGGUGGUACGCCAGCGUCGAGAUCGACUAGGGCGGCCACGAGGAAGAGCCUUGCUCCUAAACCUACAACACGGAGGACAAGAUCAAGGAAAUAA